AUGACAACAGUACCUGGACUUCUUGUUUGGGAGAUUGUGAAGAUGAACAACUCUUUCUUGGUUAAGGAGUUCGGUAACAACACUCAGAGUGUUCAGUUUAGUAGAGAGCCAAACAAUCUCUACAACCUAAACUCUUUCAAGUACUCCGGUUUGGCCAAUAAGAAAACUGUUACUAUUCAGCCAGCUGGCAAAGAUCAAUCUGUGUUGUUGGAAACUACCAAGCCAAGGAAGCAGAACAAGCCUUCCGCUUUGCUUCACAAAUCUGUGAUGAAGAAGGAGUUUAGGAGGAUGGCAAAGGUCGUUCAAAAUCAGGUAAAUUUUUGA